UCUUGUUGCUUAUCUUCCAAAUGAGCUUUUUUAUUAGCUUUAUAGUUUGUUUUGCAUAGCUGCAAUGUCAAUUAAUGUUACGGUUAAUGGUAAUCCAAUUAGUAUACGUAGGGGCAAGAUGGUUUUAUCGGAUCUUGAAAAUCUUAAGAAAUGUGAGAGAGAGCACCGAAAGAGGUUACGGCUGGAACAAGUUCAAGAACAGUCGAGAGCUAUUUCCAAAACAGUUUUGGAACGUGCUAGACAGGCAAAAAAAGACCAACUUGAUCGUUUGGAGCGAGAUGAAAAUACAGAAAUGAGAAAAGCACAUGACAAAAGAAUGAUGGAAUUUCAUCGUAGAUACCAAGACAUAGAAAACAUAGGAUUAGCUCAUAAAAAUGCUGCUAUACAACCUGAUAUAGAAACUAUUAGAUUGGAAGAACAGAAACGGAAUAGAGUAUUAGCUAAAGCAAGGGGUACACAUGCAAUGCAAAGGCUAGAGGAAUCUAAAAAGGUUGUAAGUUCACAUAGUAAACAGCAAGAUAGGUUACGGAAAGUUAGAGAGUUUGAAAAUGAGCGUUCUUGUUUAGUAUCCCAUAUUCCUAAUAAGUCAUGUACAACAAAUAUCAAACCAUUUGAGUUGGCAGAUAGUAAACAACCAUCCAUAUCCACAAGAAAAAAAGUAAAGUCUGUUGUUUCAAAAAAGUCACCUAUUAUGAAAACUCCAAAACUUGUUAAGGUUUGUUCAACUCAAACAAAAAUACCUCACGUAUCAGCAUCUGUUGAAGAAAACAAUGAUGACAAUAAUCAUGAUGAUUUAGAUAGAACACUAACUGAAGAAAAUGCCUGUACAAAUCCCAGUAAAAUAUGUAGUCCUGUUAAACCGUUUAAUGAUUCUAAAAACGUUUUAGAUACAUAUGAGCAAGUACAUAAAGGAAGUAUGUUCGAAUCUGAUGAAAAUGAACCUCGUAAAACAGUUCCUGUUACAAGUUCUGUUCCUAAGAAAUCAGAAAAUAUAGAAAAGCAUAGCGCGAAGCGUUACCAAAAAAGCUUUUCUGAUUUAUCUAGCACUUCUACAUCUUCUUCAACUAUCAGCGAUGAUUCGUCAUAUUUUUCCGAUAACGCUAAAUCAGUGAAGAAAACUCCAAGACAUCCUACAUCUCCAGCUUCAAGUAAAAUCAGUAUGUAUGAUCAUAAAACCCGACAGAGAAAAGAAUAUGAGAGGCCCCCUGGAUUAGUUGAAAGAAUUAACGUUAAGAACGUGCCAAAUGCUCAAGAUUUAGCGCAAGAAGUUAUCGAAUUGGAAAAUAAAGAAUCAUCAUUGAUGGCAAGUCAGAAAGAGCAAUCGAAAAAACAAACUCAUGAUGCUAUCCUCAGAGAAAAAGUUAAAAGAGAUUAUCAAGCACUUGUAAAAAAUCUUGAUUUGCUGUCUAAAGAGGAAAGAACCUUAAAAGUAAAUCAAGUAGCCUCGAAUCGACAGAUGACGGCUCCAUCUAAAAACAGUGAAAACCUCACGAGGCGACAGAAAAAGAUGGAUCGAGUAUUCGAAAGCAUACUAAGAAAUUCACGAGAUCCAGCCACGAAUGAAACUCUAAUAGAAAGGCCUAUAACCAUUACACCUCGAAAUUACAUGCAUUGUAAAUCAACCUCAGCGAAUGAGUGGCGAGAGCCUCCAUGCAUAGAUGAGCAAGAGUAUGAAGUUAGUUGCUCCGAAGAAGAUGACGAGUACAUACGCAAGCGAAAAAUUUCUGAACUCUUAAUCAAGAUCGAACAGUUGAAGCGACAGUUAUUACAAGAAUAUGGGCCAAAUUUACCUGACGAUGUAUUUAAUGCUAGCCUACGAUCUUUAUUUAACAACAACGCUAAUCAAUUGACGACGUCAACGAGUCACAACAGAGUUUCCCAUGUAACACCGAAAUUAAAUCCGCCAGCACCACCAGAAAUUCAAGUAAUUAAUAUGUCUAGCGAUGAAAACAUCAAAUUCGCGAAUAAAAUUGUAGCUUCGCAGUGUAAGAAAUUUAUAAGCAGGCCACCACUCCCUAAACCUACUCCUAAAACAUCUAGUAGCACGAUGACUACGACUACUCGUGAUCAAGAGAUACAGGUAGAAAUGGAGAAGGAGAAACAGAAAGAAAAAACACCUCAUCCCAUAGAUCCGUUGGUGAAAAUCGUCACGCAAGCAAACGUUGAUAGCAGUACAAGCAUGUGCAGCAGCAACUCUUCUGUCUCCACGGAUGUGGUGAUAGACGUCACUAAGAAGGAAGUUACGCUAGUUUCUAAACAGAAGAAAAGCAAUGUAAAGCUCUCGAAAAGCAGUUCCAUGAUGUCUGCGAAAUCUACUAAAAACGUUCGUCACGCGUCUACCAAGACGCCGGUGAAAAUAACUUUUGAGCAGAAGGAAGGUGCUGCCAUCGAGGUUGCAAUCGAUCCGGAAAAGAAAGAAAUCACCGUAUUACCUAAGAAAAAAAAACAGCUUCUAGCAGUACCAUCCAAGCGAGAAUCUCCUAUAAUUUCUGGCCAAACAACGCGUUCUUUACCUGGUAGUCGUAUAACUUCUCCAUCCAAAAAAUUGUCUAAGUCAGCCCCACCAUCUCACCACUCGAGUCCAAAGAAACCUCAACUAUCCUCCCGCCAGGCAAAAUCUUUCGAGGAGCACAGGUAUCGCGAACAAUUCACACAAGUGUCAAUAGACUCAAGUACCUCGAUUAAUUCGUCGUCGAGUUCAACCAUAGCCAAUCAUUCGUUCUACAGCAGGUAUAUGACGUCACAACGUAUCGUCACGAAGUUGCAGGACACCUCGGACGCAUCAACAACUUACAUCAGUCCGCCGACUACGACUCCUGGAGCCUUUAUCGAUGAUGUCAAUGACACGAGAGCUAUGAUCCUCGAACUGUUUGAGCUAGAUCCAGCGGAAUUGAGACGAAGGGCACAAGAAGUGAGUCCGGUCUCAUCACCAGAGACCCCCUCACAUCGUACUAUGAUAAUACCUUCUAAUAUGAAAGUUAGAAAUAAUAAAGUUAAUAAAAACUUGACGAAGUUUAUGUCUCUGAUUCACGCACAGACUGAUACAAAAAAACAGACAAAAUCGGGUGCUAAGCAAACGCAGACGAAAUCGAAUACUACACAAACGCAGAUUAAAGGUACCACGCAGACGACUGCUAGAAAAUCAACGAUGGAAAGGCCUAGAACAUGCAAUUGUCGAGAUCCUGGCUGCAGACUUUUUCACGAUAAAUUUGAAGAUGUUAAUCAGUACACGCUCAAGCAUUGCCCGCAAAUUCUAAGGAAGUAUGAGAGCUUGCAACAGGAUUGCACUCAAAGAAUUGCUUCGCUUACUGAUUUGAUCGAAAAAGUACGGAAUGAGCAGAGAGGCGUGGAUUUAUCCAUCGAAACCUCCACCGGCGAUUCCAAUACGAUGGCUCGAACUCAAACGAUUCCUAGCGGUCCGUCCACAGCAACAAGUAUAAACAUCAAUCAAGUGGUGAAGAGCAUCGAGUCGAUACACGCACAAUUAAAACAAACUCUCGUAGAAUCUCAAAAAAUAAUUUCGCAGAAAAUUUUCGAUUCUUCAAAAUCACCACCUCUCGCAGUUACCGUUGCUGCCAGAGAGAAAUCACCGUCGCUCGACUGGUCGAAGGAUACUUUGACGAACGAUAGUCUCGAGGUAAGCACGGAAAAAACAAAAAGUUCUGCCACGGCGGCCACUCAGCAGCUACCGCAACAGCAGUCGCCAAUCGAAAAGAGCAAACCAAAAAUUUUGAACAGUGAGCAAGUGAACUUCAGAAUCGAUCGAUUCCGAAUGUCGCAGGAUACUAAGAGUACGAGCACCGAGGUAACUGCUGAACAUCAACAGAACGAGGACCAGAUGGUUGAGCAGUUAUCCAAGGAAAUCCUUGAGCAAAGUAAAAGCAUUAAUAAAUCUGUACUACCAGUUGAUAAAUCAAAAGAUUCUGAUGAUGAUCUUUUGAAAUCAAGUCAAGCGCCGGUGAAGCACGACGAUGAAACGACUAAGAAUGCUCCUACUGCUGUUGCGGCUUCUACGGAUAAUCAUGACGAUAAUCGAUUUGACAGUUUAGAGAUGAGCAAUCCAGAGUACGUACCUUUACUUGCUGGAAUACCGAAAAUGUCGCGGAAAAAUUCAUCGAAUAACGGAGGCAGAGCACGACCACCUGUCACAUUAAUUAGUGGACCAUACAGGUCAGAAAUAGUGUCUCCAGUGCACGAAUUAUCUACGAUUGUCGAGUUCGAUACCCCAGAUACAGUAAACAAAAGUCAGGUAAGCACGAGAAGUUCUGCAAUUAAAUGUCGUAAAAGGUUAUCAACCGAUGAAGCAAUCACCUCUGGAUCACCCUCGUCAACAAAGAGAGUAGAAGUGAAAUUAAGCAAAAAUAAACCGUCUGUACACGUAGCCCCACUACCUCCACAUCGUUCACCUCAAUCCCUCAAUACUUCCAACAAAUCGGCAUCGAAAAGUGUAGAAAAAUCACCGUACAAGUCAAUAGAAACAUCGCUCGAGAAGAUAAGGCUAUCAACGAGUGGACCAAAAAAGGGCGAAUCCUCUGACUCGUUACAUACGUUGCCGGAUGUUCAUAUCGAAGAACUACAGCAGAGCCAGGAUAAUGGCGACGGUAACUAUUUAAGAGUUAGUCAAAUUUCGGAAUUGCCCUCGAUACCCGAUGAAGAGAUAGAUGACCUGAUGAUUAGUGAAAUUUACGAAGAAGUCAAGUCCAAGUCUGUAUCACCGGUGCAAAAAGAUAGUCCAAACGACUGUAAAAAUAGUGGCAAAAGUCAAUUGUCGUCGGUAAGCUCGAGAAGUUUAUCCAACGUUUCAGGUGUUUCUGAAAUCUCGACCACUCCUUCGUCGGAUUUGAACAUGUUGAAACGUCCAACCUCGCCGGAAGAUUUGGAGAAGGGCUUGAAAAAACUUGGUCUAAAUUGGGCACUUGCAACGUUGAAGAAAACUCGCGAAGCUAGCGCUUUAGGUUCUUCAUCUAGUUCCGAUGUCACGCCCAUAAAUACUGUUGCAGCAAGACUCGUUUCACCCUUGAAAAAGUCGUCUCACCACGAGAGCACUAUGCACGUUUUUCCGGAGGUCAGCGAUGUGUCUUCGAUAUCAAUAAAGCAUGCAAACAAAAGCACUGAUAAAUCUGUGCUUGUCAAGGGUAGAACGUCGACCCCAAAUAGAUUGCUAGAAGAAAACUCGGAGACCAAUUCCAGUGGUACCAUAUCCACUCUUGAUAGCCUUUCUUCGGAUGCGAUACAGGUUGAACAUGAUCAAAGCGCGGAACAUAGUAUUCCGAAUAUAUCGUUUAAAUGAUAUGUGCUUGAAGAAAAAUUUAGUAAAUGUUAUUAUAGAUAUGGUUCUAUUUACCUAUUUACUUAUACAAUACUGUUUAUUUUAAAUUGCAAAAAUUGUAAGUGGUUGAUCCUUACAUUUUAUUAUAUUAGAUUUAUUACAAAGUCAUCUUAAUAACUUUUAUUAGUAUAUUUUUAUUUUUAUUUUGUAAACUUAUUACAUAUCAUUUAUUACUAUGAGUAGAAUAAACGCAGUAAUUGACAUGUGUUCACAAAAGAAGUCGGUUGUCAAUUUGUCAAAAAUUAAAAAUCGCAGUCUUAAUACACGAUAGAGUCAUUUGUAUUCUAUUAUUAGCUCAAUUUUGAUACGCUUCUUAUAAACGUUUGUUAAUUGAUAUUUUUUUCAUCGACCAGAGGAUUAUUUUUAAGACUUAUUGUUAGGCUUUUCUAUUACAUACAAAUCAUAAAAUUGUACAAAUAAUUGUUGCAAGUAUAGUGAAUUUAAAGAAAAAUUAUUGUCGUGAAUAAAUUUUUUA